GCACUUUCUCCUCAGCGCUGGGCGGGGGCGGCGGCGGCUCCUCAGCGCCCGGCGGACCCCUCGGAGCUAACGCGGCGGGGCCCGGCGCCCCGGCCGCGGCGGGCUCGGGACUGCGUGAGCGCCGGACGCGAAUAUCCCCCGCUGACAACUUCUUCUUGCCCGGCUCGUCCCCGGCCCGCGCCGCGCCCCUCACGCGGGGACCCGGGACGCCGCCCCUCAGCGCUGGGCGGCCGCUCACCUCGGGCCGGGGGGCGCCGCGCCUCCCGCGGAGUGGCCGCGCCCGCUCGGAGCCGUCCCGCCUGUCCCGCCCGCCCGUCCGGCGCGGCCCUCGGGGUGGCGGCUGCUCGGCAUGGCCCGGGGCGCCCGGCCCUCGGCGGCCGGUGGCGGCGGCGGCGGCGGCGCGGAGCCCCCUGAGCGCGCGGGCCCCGGGCGGCCGCGGGGAUCCCCGCCCGGCCGCUCCCGCUCCUCGCCUGCGCCGCGCCCCGGCCCCGAGCCCUCGGGACCCCGCGCGGCGCCCGAGACCCCCGGCGGGGACACGGCGGGCGCGGGGCGGUGCGGCGGGCGGCGGGCGGCAAAGUUGGGGCCGGGCCGCCGCGGCUGGUGGGCGCUGCUGGCACUGCAGCUGCACUUGCUCCGGGCGCUGGCGCAAGAUGACGUCACUCCAUAUUUUAAAACGGAGCCAGGCCUACCACAGAUCCACCUGGAAGGGAACCGCCUUGUUCUCACCUGCCUUGCUGAAGGGAGCUGGCCUUUGGAGUUCAAGUGGAUGCGCGAUGACAGUGAGCUCACCACCUACAGCAGCGAAUAUAAGUAUAUUAUUCCAUCUUUGCAGAAGCUGGAUGCUGGGUUUUACCGCUGUGUGGUGCGAAACAGAAUGGGAGCACUCCUGCAAAGAAAAUCAGAAGUUCAAGUCGCAUAUAUGGGAAGUUUCAUGGAUACGGACCAGAGGAAAACAGUUUCUCAAGGACGUGCAGCAAUUCUAAACCUGCUGCCCAUCACCAGCUACCCUAGACCUCAAGUGACUUGGUUUAGAGAAGGUCACAAGAUUAUUCCAAGCAACAGAAUAGCCAUCACAUUGGAGAAUCAGCUGGUGAUCCUUGCCACCACAACCAGUGACUCCGGGGCAUACAACGUGCAGGCCGUGAAUGAGAAGAAUGGAGAAAACAAGACAAGCCCAUUCAUUCAUUUGAGCAUAGCAAGAGAUGUUGGCACACCUGAAACCAUGGCCCCCACCAUUGUGGUUCCUCCAGGCAACAGAAGUGUGGUGGCUGGAUCCAGUGAGACCACCUUGGAAUGCAUAGCCAAUGCCAGGCCUGUGGAGGACCUGAGUGUGACCUGGAAGAGGAAUGGAGUGAGAAUCACCAGUGGCCUCCACAGCUUUGGAAGACGCCUCACCAUCAGCAACCCGACGUCUGCGGACACUGGGCCGUACGUCUGCGAGGCGGCUCUGCGGGGGAGCGCUUUUGAACCGGCCAGGGCGAAGGCCUUCCUUUUCAUCAUAGAGCCACCAUAUUUUACUGCUGAGCCUGAGGGUCGGAUUUCAGCUGAAGUAGAAGAAACUGUGGACAUCGGAUGUCAAGCCAUGGGGGUCCCCCUUCCCACCCUCCAGUGGUACAAGGAUGCCAUCUCCAUCAGCAGGCUCCAGAAUCCUCGAUACAAAGUGCUCGCCAGCGGAGGCCUGCACAUCCAGAAGCUGAGUCCAGAGGACUCCGGAAUCUUCCAGUGCUUAGCCAGCAAUGAAGGAGGGGAGAUCCAGACCCACACCUACCUGGAUGUAACCAAUAUCGCUCCAGUGUUCACCCAGCGGCCAGUGGACACCACAGUUACUGACGGGAUGACAGCCAUUCUAAGGUGUGAGGUGUCUGGGGCUCCCAAACCCGCCAUCACCUGGAAAAGAGAAAACCACAUUCUGGCCAGUGGUUCUGUCCGGAUUCCUAGGUUCAUGCUUCUUGAAUCGGGGGGUCUACAGAUCGCGCCCGUCUUCAUCCAGGAUGCUGGCAACUACACCUGCUAUGCAGCCAACACAGAAGGCUCCCUGAAUGCAUCGGCCACGCUCACCGUGUGGAAUCGGACGUCCAUCGUCCACCCUCCUGAGGACCACGUGGUGAUUAAGGGGACCACAGCCACGCUGCACUGUGGAGCCACACAUGACCCCCGGGUUUCACUCCGCUACGUUUGGAAGAAGGACAACGUGGCCCUGACUCCAUCGAGCACGUCUAGGAUCGUAGUGGAGAAGGAUGGGUCCCUUCUCAUCAGCCAGACAUGGUCGGGCGACAUCGGUGACUACACCUGCGAGAUUGUUUCCAAAGGAGGGAACGAUUCCAGGAUGGCCCGGCUGGAAGUGAUUGAACUGCCUCAUUCACCUCAGAACCUCCUGGCCAGCCCUAAUUCUUCCCACAGCCACGCCGUGGUGCUCUCUUGGGUCCGGCCCUUUGACGGAAACAGCCCUAUUCUCUAUUACGUCGUGGAGCUGUCUGAAAACAACUCUCCGUGGAAGGUGCAUCUGUCAAACGUUGGCCCCGAGAUGACAGGCGUCACCGUGAGCGGCCUGACUCCGGCUCGUACCUAUCAAUUCCGGGUGUGCGCGGUGAACGAAGUGGGCAGGGGCCAGUACAGCGCCGAGACAAGCAGGUUGAUGCUACCUGAAGAACCACCUAGUGCUCCCCCGAAAAAUAUAGUGGCCAGUGGGCGGACUAAUCAGUCCAUUAUGGUCCAGUGGCAGCCACCCCCAGAAACAGAGCACAACGGGGUGUUGCGUGGAUACAUCCUCAGGUACCGCCUGGCUGGCCUUCCCGGAGAGUACCAGCAGCGGAACAUCACCAGCCCAGAGGUGAACUACUGCCUGGUGACAGACCUGAUCAUCUGGACACAGUAUGAGAUACAGGUGGCAGCAUACAACGGGGCUGGCCUGGGCGUCUUCAGCAGGGCAGUGACCGAGUACACCUUGCAAGGAGUGCCCACCGCACCCCCGCAGAACGUGCAGACGGAAGCUGUGAACUCCACCACCAUUCAGUUCCUGUGGAACCCUCCGCCUCAGCAGUUUAUCAACGGCAUCAACCAAGGAUACAAGCUUCUGGCAUGGCCGGCAGAUGCCCCCGAGGCUGUCACUGUGGUCACUAUUGCCCCAGAUUUCCACGGAGUCCACCACGGACACAUAACGAACCUGAAGAAGUUUACUGCCUACUUCACUUCCGUUCUGUGCUUCACCACCCCUGGGGACGGGCCUCCAAGCACACCUCAGCUCGUCUGGACUCAUGAAGACAAACCAGGAGCUGUGGGACAUCUGAGUUUCACGGAGAUUCUGGACACAUCUCUCAAGGUCAGCUGGCAGGAGCCCCUGGAGAAAAAUGGCAUCAUUACAGGCUAUCAGAUCUCUUGGGAGGUGUACGGCAGGAACGACUCUCGUCUCAUGCACACCCUGAACAGCACGAUGCACGAGUACAAGAUCCAAGGCCUCUCAUCUCUCACCACCUACACCAUCGAUGUGGCCGCUGUGACUGCUGUGGGCUCUGGCCUGGUGACUUCAUCCACCAUUUCUUCUGGAGUGCCCCCAGACCUUCCUGGUGCCCCAUCCAACCUGGUCAUAUCCAACAUCAGCCCACGCUCCGCCACCCUUCAGUUCCGGCCAGGCUAUGACGGGAAAACGUCCAUCUCCCGGUGGAUUGUCGAGGGGCAGGUGGGAGGUAUCGGCGAUGAGGAGGAGUGGGUCACCCUCUAUGAAGAGGAGAAUGAGCCUGAUGCCCAGACGCUGGAGAUCCCAAACCUCACACCCUACACUCACUACAGAUUUCGAAUGAAGCAAGUGAACAUUGUUGGGCCGAGCCCCUACAGUCAGUCUUCCCGGGUCAUCCAGACUCUGCAGGCCCCACCCGACGUGGCUCCAACCAGCGUCACGGUCCGGACUGCCAGUGAGACCAGCCUGCGGCUUCGCUGGGUGCCCCUGCAGGAUUCUCAGUACAACGGGAACCCUGAGUCCGUGGGCUACAGGAUUAAGUACUGGCGCUCAGACCUCCAGUCCUCAGCACUGGCCCAAGUCGUCAGUGACCGGCUGGAGAGAGAAUUCACCAUUGAGGAGCUGGAGGAGUGGAUGGAAUACGAGCUGCAGAUGCAGGCUUUCAACGCUGUCGGGGCUGGGCCGUGGAGCGAGGUGGUGCGGGGCCGGACGCGGGAGUCAGUUCCUUCAGCCGCCCCUGAGAACGUGUCAGCCGAGGCUGUCAGCUCGACCCAGAUUUUACUGACGUGGGCAUCCGUGCCGGAACAGGACCAGAAUGGGCUCAUACUGGGCUACAAGAUCCUGUUCCGGGCCAAAGACCUGGAUCCGGAGCCCCGGAGCCACAUCGUGCGAGGGAACCACACGCAGUCGGCGCUGCUGGCGGGCCUGCGCAAGUUCGUGCUCUACGAGCUCCAGGUGCUGGCGUUCACCCGCAUCGGGAACGGGGUCCCCAGCACGCCCCUCAUCCUGGAGCGCACCAAAGACGAUGCCCCAGGCCCACCAGUGAGGCUCGUGUUCCCCGAAGUGAGACUCACCUCCGUGCGGAUUGUGUGGCAACCUCCGGAGGAGCCCAACGGCAUCAUCCUGGGGUACCAGAUUGCCUACCGCCUGGCCAGCAGCAGCCCCCACACCUUCACCACCGUGGAGGUCGGUGCAACGGUGAGGCAGUUCACAGCCACCGACCUGGCCCCGGAGUCUGCAUACAUCUUCAGGCUGUCCGCCAAGACGAGGCAGGGCUGGGGGGAGCCACUGGAGGCCACCGUCAUCACCACUGAGAAGAGAGAGCGGCCAGCGCCCCCCAGAGAGCUCCUGGUGCCCCAGGCGGAAGUGACCGCGCGCAGCCUCCGGCUCCAGUGGGUCCCGGGCAGCGACGGGGCCUCCCCCAUCCGGUACUUCACCGUGCAGGUGCGAGAACUGCCCCGGGGCGAGUGGCAGACCUACUCCUCAUCCAUCAGCCACGAGGCCACAGCCUGCGUCGUUGACAGACUGAGGCCCUUCACCUCCUACAAACUGCGCCUGAAAGCCACCAAUGACAUUGGGGACAGCGACUUCAGUUCGGAGACAGAGGCAGUGACCACGCUGCAGGAUGUUCCAGGAGAGCCCCCAGGAUCUGUCUCAGCAACGCCACACACUACGUCCUCUGUCCUGAUACAGUGGCAGCCUCCAAGGGACGAAAGCCUGAACGGCCUUCUUCAGGGAUACAGGAUCUACUACAGGGAGCUGGAGUAUGAAGCCGGGUCAGGCACCGAGGCCAAGACGCUCAAAAGCCCUAUAGCUUUACGUGCUGAGCUCACAGCCCAAAGCAGCUUCAAGACGGUGAACAGCAGCUCCACAUCGACGAUGUGUGAACUAACACAUUUAAAGAAGUACCGGCGCUAUGAAGUAAUAAUGACUGCCUAUAACAUCAUCGGCGAGAGCCCAGCCAGUGCACCCGUGGAGGUCUUUGUCGGCGAGGCUGCCCCGGCCAAGGCCCCACAGAACGUGCAGGUGACCCCGCUCACGGCCAGCCAGCUGGAGGUCACGUGGGACCCACCGCCCCCGGAGAGCCAGAAUGGGAACAUCCAAGGCUACAAGAUUUACUACUGGGAGGCAGACAGCCAGAACGAAACAGAGAAAAUGAAGGUCCUGUUCCUCCCCGAGCCCGUGGUGAGGCUGAAGAACCUCACCAGCCAUACCAAGUACCUUGUCAGCAUAUCAGCCUUCAACGCCGCCGGAGAUGGGCCCAGGAGUGACCCCCAGCAGGGGCGCACCCACCAGGCUGCCCCUGGGGCGCCCAGCUUUCUGGCGUUCUCAGAAAUAACCUCCACCACGCUCAACGUGUCCUGGGGCGAGCCUGCGGCGGCCAACGGCAUCCUGCAGGGCUAUCGGGUGGUGUACGAGCCCUUGGCCCCUGUGCAAGGGGUGAGCAAGGUGGUGACCGUGGAAGUGAGAGGGAACUGGCAGCGCUGGCUGAAGGUGCGGGACCUCACCAAGGGAGUGACCUAUUUCUUCCGUGUCCAAGCGCGGACCAUCACCUACGGGCCCGAGCUCCAAGCCAAUAUCACAGCAGGGCCAGCCGAGGGAUCCCCGGGCUCGCCUAGAGAUGUCCUGGUCACCAAGUCCGCCUCUGAACUGACGCUGCAGUGGACUGAGGGACACUCUGGCGACACACCCACCACGGGCUACGUGAUCGAGGCCCGGCCCUCAGAUGAAGGCUUAUGGGACAUGUUUGUGAAGGACAUCCCACGGAGUGCCACAUCCUACACCCUCAGCCUGGCUAAGCUCCGGCAAGGAGUGACUUACGAGUUCCGGGUGGUGGCUGUGAACGAGGCGGGCUAUGGGGAGCCCAGCAGCCCCUCCACGGCCGUGUCAGCUCAAGUGGAAGCCCCGUUCUACGAGGAGUGGUGGUUCCUCCUGGUGAUGGCUCUGUCCAGCCUGAUCGUCAUCCUGCUGGUGGUGUUCGCCCUCGUCCUGCACGGGCAGAAUAAGAAGUAUAAGAACUGCAGCACAGGAAAGGGGAUCUCCACCAUGGAGGAGUCUGUGACCCUGGACAACGGAGGUUUUGCUGCCCUGGAGCUCAGCAGCCGCCACCUCAAUGUCAAGAGCACCUUCUCCAAGAAGAACGGGACUAGGUCCCCACCCCGGCCUAGCCCCGGCGGCCUGCACUACUCAGACGAGGACAUCUGCAACAAGUACAACGGUGCCGUGCUGACCGAGAGCGUGAGCCUCAAAGAGAAGUCGGCGGAUGCAUCAGAAUCCGAGGCCACCGACUCUGACUAUGAGGACGCGCUGCCCAAGCACUCCUUCGUGAACCACUACAUGAGCGACCCCACCUACUACAACUCAUGGAAGCGCAGGGCCCAGGGCCGCGCACCUGCACCGCACAGGUACGAGGCGGUGGCGGGCGCCGAGGCGGGCGCACAGCUGCACCCGGUCAUCACCACGCAGAGCGCGGGCGGCGUCUACACCCCCGCCGGCCCCGGCGCGCGGACUCCGCUCACCGGCUUCUCCUCUUUCGUGUGAGCAAAGCGCCGCGCCUCCCUCAGGGCGGAACGGAGGCGAACUUUCCGAAGUCUAUUUUUGUUAAGACAAUCAACUCCAAUAACUGAGCUGAAGUUUUUGUUUAAAAAAAAAAAAACUGAUAAGUGAUGAUUUUACCUACUUGUGGACACUAGAUUUCAAUUAGGAAGGUUUUUUUAAACGGCUUUUUGUAACAUCGCUGCAGGAAGCAGGUUUGUUUCUUUUUCUUUUCUUUUUAAGAGAAGGUGUAUUUCACUGGUGCAAUGGCUUGGCACCUCCGGGGCCUGGGAGGACCUUAGACCUCCCCAGCCCUGGGUUUCUCCGUCUUCAAGACCAACUAGGAAGGCUCAAGCGGGGAGGGGGAGUGGAGGGUCAGGUGAGAUCUCAGAGCUGCCCCGGCCGGCCCCUGUCUCUUUCUACCUCCUCUUCCAGAGAACCAGCGGCUCACACCCUUCUCAACGCAGAACAUCCUCGGCUCACAGCUCGCUCCUGGGGUUUGAAGAGCAAACGUUUUUCCCUCGGCCCAGCGCAUUUUGUCCCAACUUCAUCUGUUUCUCAAAUACUCUCACUUGGCAGUUUCUAGGCAAGGAGUCGGCCUUCAGGUUCCUGACGGCCGGGCAGGGAUGCUAAGGUGUGGCUCAGCUGUCACUGUCUGCAUGACUGCAGUGGUGCGGUCCUGAGGCUUUUCUGCCUGUCUUCCCCCCUUCCUUCCCACCUGACAGCGAGGGAGAGGGAAGCCUCUUAGGGCUGGAAGCCACCACACCAGCCCUCUCCUUCCCCAAACACAGCACACGGCCAACUCCGCAGGACACGAGGACACAGGACAGCGUCUCCAGAAUUGCUUGUUACGUAGGAAGCGUGCAUUGUUAACCAGAGUAUUUUUAAAAUCUUUUUAUCUUUUUUUAAACUAUGUCACAUGAAAUGAAUGCGUCUUUGCUGUCUCCAGGUGCCUUUUUAUUAAUUGUUCAGCUUUGUACAUGGGAAAGAUGAAAAGCAACAGUGUCUGCAAAUAAAGCAAAACAGCUCUGACAACACACGCUCCCGACUCGCCUCGUGCACACCAGGCCGUCCCCUCCCUCUCUCCUGGCUUCUGCCACCGCUUCUUCACCACUGGCGCUGCUGCUGCCCCCUCUCCCAGUCCAAGACCAGCUUUUAGCCUUAACAGGUUUUCUGGAAACAUUUCUUUUUUUAUUUAAAAUUGUCAUUGUUUGGUUUAAAUUUUUCAGCUAGAUGGAAAGAGUAUGAACUACUUUGGAAAACUUAACAGCUCAGAGAUGGCCAUGCCUCCAGCCCCUCACGUCAUCUUUGCAACAGAUGACUGGGCUGCCAUGGUCCACCCUCAGCCUGGGUCCCGGGUCUGGAUGGAACGGGAGCACUGCUGCUGCCCACUGGCAUGUGUGCCCCGGGUCCCUGUGAGUGCCCCCCUCACCAGCAGAAGCGUGGCACACACAAGACUCAAGACCACCCUGUCAGUGCCCCCCAGUGCACAGCAAACGGGUGGGUGCCAUUCCCCCAGUGACCUGAGGGUAGGGGACAGCUGAGCAGUAUCUGGCCAGUGCCACCUGGGAGCCAGUCUCCUGGCCACGUGCAGAAAGUGUGGCCCCUUCUUGCCUAGAUGUUUUGUGCACCUCCGUGGGCAGAGGAUGUGGAUAUUGUCUGGAUUCUCUGCUGUCAGCGUUGCUGAGUAUGGCCCCAGAAGACCAAGGAGAGUUUUGUAUAGGCUGGAAUACCCCUUUUCAGUCUUUCCAAAAUUAGAGGAAAGUUUCCUUUUUUCUCUCCUCCCUUCCUUCCCCUCCUCCCUUUCCUUUACCCCUCCUUUCCUUCCUUCUUCCCUUCCUCUCUUCUUUCCUCCCUCCCUCCCUCCUUCUCUCCCUUCCUUCCUUCCUCUCUUUCCUGCUUCCUUCCCUCCCUUCUUUCCCUCCCUCCCUCCCUCUCUCCCCAAUUCCUUCUUCCUUUUCUCCUCCUUUUUCUGAGUGGAGGGGGAAAUAUUCUAAACCAAAAAUCCUAGAUGCUCUGCCCAAAGCCACUUCUGCAUGAGAAUCGCAGCCCACAGUUCCGCAGACAAGACUCGCCGCGGUGGACAGCGCCGCCUCCUUCCCCUCGGCCCCGGAGAGGGCAAAGUGGGUGGGAAGCCAGGAUGUGAGCACUGGAAUUUCUUGGAAGAGAAGCGAUAAAUGGAGACCAUGGCCCUCAUUGCCUUCUGUGCGCUCUGAUUGCUCUCUGCAGCCAUAAGGAUGUGGCUUUACAUGCCAGGGAGAGUGUUGAGACAUCUUAGGUUGAGGAUGAGCAGAUUCAAGAUAUGUUUGUUGCUCUCGGGUUUUCAAUACAACAUCAUGACACUUUUGUUUCAAGCUCGAGUUUUCUGUCUCCCCUCCACUCUUAGUAAACCUUGAUGUGUAGGGAGCGGCCUGUCCGAGGCUACGCCGGCCUCCUGGCUGCUGCUGGACUGGGCUUAGGACAGCGCCCAUGCCUGUCACUCGGAGGGACUCUGUCCCAUGAGAACCACCUGUGCCAAGAAACAGAGUUGGAUGUUUCCAGGUAGAUUUCAGCCUCCCAGAGCAAUGUGGGAUUUGAGAAACGUCAGUUCCUAACUCCUCAUCUUCAGGGAAGGAAAAGAAAAUCACAGCCUAGGAAGACGGAGAUUGGAUUUUAAUCUCGGUUUUAAAAAGAGGACCAGCAAAAUGUCUCUAAGCCUGGCCAGGCGGAAUGUGCUCCCGCUCUCUCCUGCCGUGCUGAAAGUCACGCCUUGUGGAUGCCUCAUGAAGGCGGUGGCUGAGUGUCCCCACCCACCCCCUACGUGGCUCGUUUCAGAUUGCUUUGGCCCCGCCCUGCAAGAAUGCGGUUACGGAGUGGCCAGGAGGCUCCAUCUGAGCCACAGGGAUGGGUGUGCAGAGCUCCCUUCUCCUGGGGUGCCAGGGCAGAGAUUCCAGGCAGGUGAGCCAAGAGAAAGCUGCCAGGCCACGUCCCCUCGGCCUCCUGCACGGCCACCUUCUGGGUAAAUCGGUCCAGCCCAAGCCCCUCUCCCCAGCCUCCCCUUCAGCCUCUCUCCCAGCCUGCUUUUAUAAGGCGCACUUCAUUCAAUGCGGUAGCAAAAAAAACAAGGGGCCCCAAGGAGAGGGGGCCCAGAUGGCCACACACGGAACACGCCUCCACAGCCCUGGGAAGUGGAUCACUCUGUACAGGUCUUCAGAGGCUGUGCUUGUAUCUGACUGUGACUGGGCUGAAGCAUGGUGUUUGCCUAACGGUUCGUAGCAUGGUUUUUAUUUCUUCCGCAUUCUUGGCACACAGUAUAGCUGUCCUCCUGAUGAGCAACCCGUCUGCGUACCUAAGUGUGGCUCCCCGCGGGUCAGCGUCCCAGUAGCAUGGAUCCAGUCUGAAAGGUGACGACAACAUGGAAACUCAUGAGCUGAGCCCGCCCGCUGGGACACGUCUCCUUCCCGCGUCACCUUCUGGUUUAGGGAGCCCUCAGGUCAGCCCUAAAGCGUUCCCUGCAACGUUUUCUGAAAUUGUGCAGAAAACCAGAUCUCAUUAAAAAAAAAAAAAGAAAAAGAAAAAUAUAAACAACUUGUAGGAAGACAGAGAGGUGCUAUGGGUACAAUUUUUAAUAAAAACAUUAUUUUGUUCCUUAAA